UUGGUGCGGCCGUCUCUGCCUGUUCUUCGGUUGUGUAGCUGUACAUUGAAUGGGAUAGUCGUCAGAAGCUCUAAAGCUCAAAAAUGGCAGAGUAAAGGCGUGCGGCAGCAACUUUUGCAGCGGCAAAAACUCGGCAGUGCAGAGGCUAAGUGCACUGGCUAUUUCUUGCAAAAUGGCGUCUCUCUCAGCAACCACCCUCAGCUUUGCUGCCCUCGACAGCAGUACCAAACCCCUCGACUUGCUGACGUCAGAAUCCCGUUUGUUUCCCCAAACCCUUUUGAGACCAUUACCGACCAGCAGCAGCAGCCAUGACGCUCUCCCAGCUAGCCUUGGAGGACAUGGAGGCCCUGUACUUAGGGUCCUCGUUUUUGAUGGCUGACCCCAUGGGGCCCCUUCUGGACCAAGAUGAAGAAGAAGCUUUUUCUCCUUCCUCCUCUUUCGAGGUGAAGGCGCCUGCUUCGCCCUCCCUCUCUUUGUCUUCUUCCUACGCAUCCUCCACUUCUCCUUAUCAGACAAUGUCAUUCUCCCCAUUCUCCUCCGCUUCCCCUCCUCCAUCCCCUCCCCUUUCUCACCCCAUCAAGCCUGAAGCCGAGCUGCUGUCCCUGCUGGGAGCCAGCGAUCUGCUCAGUGGCCACGGAGCAGGUGUCGGCAGAGAUGACGAUUUGGGCGACAUGGAGUGGAUGUCAGAAAAGAUCGACUUGAGCGACUUUGAUUUGGAAUCUCUAAUUGGCUCUUGCUCAACCGAGUCGCCAAGCUCCCCUGAAGAUCUCCUGGCCUCACUUGAUUCCCACAUGGAUCUAGAUUCCUUUGACAAAACCGUCUCAUCCCUGCACAUCAACCCAGAGCCAGACGUCCCAUCACCACUUCCGGAAGUCCCUCCUGUUUCUGAAGACGAGGUGGUUCUAGAUCAGGAACUUGUCCUGAAGUCUGAGCCUUCAUCCCCACACCUUUCGUCAUCCCCUGCCUCUCCGGCCUACACGUUGGAGCUGGGGAGUGAAGUUGACGUCUUGCAUGUUGAGAAAAUGUCCCCCUCUGUCGCCACGGCCAUCAUCUCAAACCCCAGUGAAAUCCUCCAGACCACCAGUCCAAUUGUUCUCUCUCUUCCCACCACUCACUUUGUAGUGGUUCUGUCAAACAAAGAUGCUCUCCCCAACUUGUCCCCUAGCACUGCUCAGUCGAGCGACUCCGAAAGCGACUCCGGCAUAGAGUCGGCUGCCGGGUCGCCCCCACGUCGCCCGUCCCCCCCGAGCUCCCCCGUCGCUGGUUCCUCCAGAACCAAACCCUACUGCAAACCACAGCCUCCAUCCCCCAAAACUCCCAAAAUCAAAUCAGUGUCUGGUGCGCCCAAGGUGGUGGAAAAGAAAUUGAAAAAGAUGGAGCAGAACAAGACGGCCGCCACUCGCUACCGGCAGAAGAAGAGGGUUGAGCAGGAGCAGCUCGGCUCGGAACUGGAAGACCUGGAGAAGAGAAACAACGAGCUGAAAGAGAAGGCCGAGUCCAUCAGCCGAGAGAUCCAGUACCUCAAGGACCUGAUGGAGGAAGUCCGCAAACACCACCGCGGGAAGACCGCCUCAGUCGCCUAGACACCAGGAUAUGGCCCAAUCUCCGCAGUUAAGAGUCGAGGUGUCUUUAGUUUGUGCUUCCAUGUUCGCACGCUUUAGCGAAGUUAACUAUUUUGUAGCGUUAGGAAAUUAGAGGUUGGUGUGUGAAGGUGUUGAAACGGAUUCCUGACAGGGAAUGUUUUAGUUUGAGAAGAGUAUGGAAGUUAAUGAGAUUAGCUAGGAACAGGGGGCUGGGGGGUAGUUAGGUGAAGCAUCUGUACAUGCUAGUCUCUCAGCCCCCUGUUUGAACUGUGACUUUACAUCAUCACCUGUACAAACGGGCAGCUUCUGCGUUUAUUUUGUAGACUAGGGAUGCACAACGGGAAUCAAAGUAGCUCAGUUGUCAACCAGACCCAAGAGUAGCAAGUGAUUUUUCUGCAAAGUAUGAUUUUCCUUCCACCUUGACGUUGCAGAGUUCUUUUUAACCUGCUAUAACCCCCCAGUUUCAUCUUCCUCUUGAAAGCUUCAAGUCCAGAAAGGGGCCUAAUAAUUUUCAAACGGUUGGUCAAAUGUCAACAAGAAUUUGUGUAAAUAGUCUUUUUUUUUUUUUUUUCUCCCCAUCACUUGGUUGUGGAUUUGUGACUCUAUUUAAUGGUAGAUAAAUCUUGAUAUCUGUUUUAGUUUCCUGACUUGAUGCACAUGGUUGGCUUGUAAAACGCAUUGCUUUCGGGUUGUUUCCUAAUAAAGAUCUAUCGAUACUAAACAUGA